AUGGGAUCUGAUGGCAUCUUGCAUUUCCAAGAUAGAGUUUGUGUGCCGGGAAAUUGGAGAUUAAGGAAGCAAAUUAUGGAGGAGGGACACAAAAGUCGUCUUAGCAUACAUCCAUGUAUGACUAAGAUGUAUCAGGAUUUGAAACAGUCCUUCUGGUGGAAUGGAAUGAAAACUGAUGUCGCUGACUUUGUGGCGUCGUGUUUGACAGAUGGGCAGUCUGAGAGGAUGAUCCAGUCCUUGGAAGACCUGCUGCGAGCCUGUGUUCUGGAUCACAUGGGCAGUUGGGGUGAUAUGCUUCCUUUGGUGGAAUUUACAUACAACAACAGUUAUCACUCCAGUAUUGGUAUGUUGCCAUAUGAGGCCUUGUAUGGGUGGCGAUGCAGGACACCACUAUGUUGGAAUCAAGAUGGCGAAUCACUAGUGUUCGGUCCAGAGUUCUUACAACAGACUAUUGAGAAGGUCAAAGCUAUUCAGGAGAGAAUGAAGGCAACUUAG